AUAUAACUGAGUACUUGAUGCUGGCUAAGCCGUGCGUUUCAGGUUAUAACCGGUCAACGUCACAACACGGGACGGUCAAUGGCCCUAGGCCCAAAAUAUGGCGUAUACUAGCCAUCGCACGCUUGCUACCGGUUACGAGGUGUCUUUGGAAUGGUCUCGUGUGCAACCGAACGUAUUUCCUGAGGACGAUGAGGAUUGGAUCGAGGUGCUGCGCCGGCCUCCUCAGACCUGGAGCGCCGCCGAGGUGGCGCACUGGGCUCAGCGCCCGCAUGAGCACGGCGGUGGGCAGCUGGGGGAUUUGGUGGCGCGGCGGCUCUGGGAGAACGCUAUUGACGGCCACCUGUUACUGGUGUACGGCAGCCAUGGUGGCAGCAGCAGUACGGUUUCCGAACUGAGCAGGGUGCUGGGGCUGUCGGAGCCGGCUCACCGGCAGGCACUGGCAGAGGCAGUGGCGGAACUUAAGACGCUGCCGGAACGUAUCCUGUACGGCGAAGUCGUACUGCCGCCGCCAGCAGAGCUACUGGAGCAGCAGCAGAUGAAGCCGGCAACGGCAGCAGCAACAAGAGCUGCCAGCUGUGUUGGAAGCACGACAACAGCAACACGUUGCGCCUCCCGGCUUGGGCGCCGUCAGGAACACGAUAGAUGGAUGGGGGUCUGGGGCGGCGGCAGCGGUCGAGGGACUGACGGGGAUGCCAAGCGUAGCGCCGGCCGACCCGUGGGUCUAUCCGAGAAAGAGCGAGUGCUUCAUGAUGCAAAGGUGGCAGCCGCCGCCUCCAAAGCCCUUGCUAAGACUACGGCUCCACCCGGUACGAACACCGGCUUCACUGCGGGGGCAGUCACGAUAGUCGUGCGGCAGCAUGGCAGGACUCUGACAGCAACAGCAACGGCAGCAGCGGUAUCAGCUGCAGGUGCUGGCUUAGAGGAUGGCGCAGCAGGCGUGAUGUCAGAUGUUGACGCCGGAAGCCGAGUCGACCAACGACGGCAGCGGCAGCAGCCCGCUGGCGACGCCACCACCGCCUUUGACGGCGACAGCGAGGAAUGCCAGUACGGCAGUGCCGAAGGCGGUGCGGCUGCUGACGGCGGCGGUGGUGAGGAGGGGCUUCCAGGUGACGGCACGGCGUGGGGCGGCGGCGGCGUCCCGCGGGUGAUGCGCGAGAUGCGGCGCAUGGGCGAGCUGGUGUCGGCACAUGAGGACGUGGUCAGGCGGCUCAAGGUCCUUCGCGAGGAGGGUCCAGCAGGUCUAGACCGCCUCAUGCGGGAGCGCCAGCGCGCAGCAACAGCAGCAACAGCAGCUGCAUCAGCGGCAGGCGGUGCCGCACCAGCCGCGGCAGGACAAGCAGCGGGGUCAGCAGCAGCGGGUGCGGGCGGUGUGGAGGACCCCGGGGGCCUGGCAGAUGUGGAGCAACGCGGGCGGGCGCUGAGACAGGGGCUGGCAGCGCAGGGGGGAGCAGUGGACGACCUGGCACGGCAGGUACCCCUGCGCAGCGCUAUGCGGCGUGCAGCCGAGGCGGCGGUGGAGGCGGCUGGUGGUGGUGACGAGGAUUGUGGCGGUGAAGGCAGCGGAGGCGAGGGUUUCCUUGGUGUCGGACCUACUAGGGAGCCGCGAGGCGGCUGGCGGCAGGCUGGAGAAGAAGGAGAGGAUGGGGGACGUGUACGACAAAGCCUCAGCGCCGCCGGGCGUGCCGUACUGGCGGAGGCGGACCGCCGUGAGAAGAUGCAGGAGGAGCAGGAGCCUUGGGUGUACGACAGCGACGAUGAAGAUGACGAUCACGGUGCUGGCGACACUGCUGACGUUGCCGGGCGGAGAGCGGUUGAUGGGUUUGGCGGCGGCAAAAGCAGCGCCCCGGCAGGGAGGAAAGACCCAUGGGUCAGAGGUGAUGACGGCGCCGGCGUGAAGCCCAGUGUACGGCGACAUGUCGUACGACCCCUGCCGGGACUGCCGGCUGGCCGGGGGCUGCAACCAGGGUCCCAUGAGGUGCAUCCGCCGCGGCCCGGACCCGAUCCGUGGCGUACGGCAGACCAAAAAGCUGUACGACGGGUUCUAGCCCAAGGCGCCGCCACGCCCGUACACCAUACCUUGAAAAGCAAGCUGGCACAGGACGCUGUACGGCACAUGUACGGCAUAGCACCACCGGAGACAAGUACGGCGUACGGUACGGCAGCUACGCGGGGAGUGGUUGGCGACAGCGGAGCUGGUGCUGCGGGGGGUGCGGCGGCGGGUGCGGCGGCGGGGCAGCCGUUCUAUCCGCCUACCUCACUGCUAACCAACCACCGGGCAGCGGCACACGAGGUGCAGUUGCGGCGGCAGCAGGGCCUGCCCGUCUCCCCCGACUUGCUUGCGGCUCGCAGCCUGGCUGCCCCCAGGACGGCAAGGCUGGUGGUGCGGGCGGUGGCUGGUAAGCCGGAGCAGGCGGCGGAUUCGGUGAUGGUUCAGCCUGAGGUGGCAGCCGACGGCAGCUUCAGCUUCCCCUCCCGUUACGGCUUUCAAGUCGCCCCCUCGCCCAACACCAAACCCGCCGCCUGGCCCAACCCCCCUCAGCCCCAUCAUGCAGACUCGGCCACCACCGCCACCACCACCACCACACCGCCGCCUCCUAGACCCCAGAGUGCCAAACUGCCCUUCCCGGCCAGCAACCGCCCCUACCAACCCUCUCGUCUGGCACGACCCGCCUCCGCGUCUCCCUCGCUGCUGCUACCAACGACGCAACCCAUCCACCCCGGGGGAUUCGUCGUGGGUCCAUCGUGUGACGAGCACCAUCAGCAGCAGCAGCAGGACCACCACCAGCACCAGAGUCUAGCGCCGCCGGAAGCGCGUGUACGUGGCAUCGGCGCCGACGGGGCGUUACAUCGCGCCAUAGCUGCCAAGGCAGCGACUGUCGCCGCUGGGGAGGCUGCCACUGCUGCUGCUGCUGCAGCGGAUGCUGGAGGUACGGCAGGCUGUACGGAAGCGGUGUCAUCCGGACGCGCCCGUACCCGAACUGGCGGCGGACAUGCCGGAGGCGGUACCGGUACGACUGCGGGGGCGGUGGUGAGGGGUGCGAUGGCACCAGAAGCACUAGCAGCACCGGGAGCAGCACCGGCGGAUGCUCGCUGCACAGUGGCGUCCCGUCUGCGGGGCACUGGCCGCAUUCGAACCUACCUGGAAGGCGAGUGGGGCGACUCGGAGCUGCAGCAGAGUGUGAGGGAGGUACUACACAUGUUGGAUGGGGGAUGCGGGCCGCCGGCGACGUCAGGGCUGCUGCAGGACGGUAGCAAUGGCAGCGGUGGCUGCGGCGGCGGGCCAGUGCGAGCGGCGCUGUCGCCUCCUUCUUCCGGAAGGCGGACUUCGCAACGACAAGCGACGGAGACUGUGCAGCAGCCAAGGAUUGAAAAUCUGCAAAAGCAUUCGAGGCGAGGUGGAGGGAGGCAGCAGGGUGGAGCAGUGCAGCUGUACCGCUUUAGGGAGGGGCAGCUGGUGUACACAGGUCGCCGGCCGCCUUUCGACUCUCAGCCCGAUGUGCCUUACGAGCUGCCCGGAUGGCACCCGCGACCCAUGGGUCAGACCUGGACCAAGACGGAUGCCGAACGCUUGGCGGCUGGCGUGGCGGCGGAAGCGCGUCCCGGCACAUCAGAGCUGCACUGGGCUGCAGGGCGGGGUGACGUGUUGCGGCUGCGGGAGCUGCUAGAGGAGGCAGGCGACCCCGACCAACAGCGCUCACUCGUCAACUCACGGAACCCCGCCUGGGAGACCCCUCUGCACCGAGCUGCCAUGUGCCCCGGACCCAGUGCGGUGGGAGCCAUGCGGCUGCUGUUGGCGGCGGGAGCUGAGACCGACCCACGGGACGUUAACGGCAUCACUCCGCUGAUGGGCAUCAUUACCGCGGGCUGCUGGCAGCCCGAGGGGCCCCUCCGUGCUCGCACGCUGCUGGCUGCAGGCGCCCGAGUGGAUGUGUGCGAUUGCUGCGGAGAGACGCUGCUGCACAAGGCGUUCAUCCACCACGUUUGCGCCGCCUCCUCGGGUCUUCAAGACCUGCUGGCCAUGCUACUGCCGCUGGCCAGGCAGCACCUGCCGCCGUACACACACGAGGACAAUGACAACACCAACCUGCACGCCACAGCCUCCGGCUCCACCGCCCCGCCCGCUACCGGUGCCUUCUCACGCGCACACCCACUCGCAUCGGCCGCCGCAGCCGCCACCUCCGGCGCCUUCGUAGCCACCGCCGUCGCCGCCGCCGCCGCCGCGGCCGCCUCCACACUCGACCGCCAUUCGCCCCCUCCCCCAUCAGCCUCCUCACCCUCCUCUCCUCCCGCUGCUACCGGACCAUUGCACAUCGACGCACGUGAUGCGGAAGGCCGUACUGCGCUGCACCUCGCAUGCUGCCGGCCGCACGCACAUGGUCGCAGUACGGCAGCCACAGCCCCCAUUUGGGAAGGCGGAGAGUACGGCAGCGGCGAUUGCGGCGGCGGCGGCGGUUGCUGCUGCGUGUCGGCGCUUCUGGCGGCGGGGGCGGAUCCCAAUGCGGUGGAUGGCGGCGGUCGGCGAGCGUUACACUUGGUGCUAUCGGAGGCGGCCGCCGCUAGCAGGCUAAGGGAGGCGAACCGGAUUAACCAUUGCAAGCUGGCGACGUCGCGACAUAAGCAGCCGCCGGGCGCCCUCUGUUGGCUGGUGGAGCGGUUGUUGCGGGCGGGUGCUGACCCCAGCACACCCGAGCCCUCACGUGGCCAGACGCCGCUGCACCUGGCGGCUACUGCGCGCUCGCGGCCGCUGCUGCGGCUGCUACUGCGGUUCGGAGCUGACCCACGGGUCGCGGACCAAGCGGGGCGGACACCGGCAGAUGCGCUGGAACGGGCGUUGCGGAGCACUAGGGAUCGUGAGGAGGCAGCCCACCUGACGGCCCUGCUGGACCUCCUACGAGAGUACACGAACCCGUCAAAGCAGCCCAAGACAAAAGCAACCACCUCAACAGGAAGGAGGAAAGCCCCAGGCCAGCGGACGCUGCUAUCCGAUGCUGGCAGCAGCAGCAGCCAGCGGCGGCAGCGGCAGGGAGCUGACAAGCCAGGUCUAGGCGGCGGAGCUGGUCCCAAGAGCCUACGGCAGCUCUACCGGGAGCGCUUUGGAGAGAGCUCUGAGAGUAAUGACGAUGAGGACUGCGAGGAUGCGAGUGGGGGGGAGGAGGAGGAGAAGAAGAAGGAGGAGAAGAGUAUCCAGCCACAUGCGCCUUCCCAUCAGCAGCAGCAACAGCAACACACGCUGGCAUUGGCAUACAUGGUUGCUGAUCGCGCAAGCCGCCUAGGAGCCGCCUUUGGCUGCACUCCCGCUGCCACCACCGUCACGGCUCCAAGCCCAUCUCCGCCUCCCAACCCGCCUUCCAGUCUGGUUGUCACCUUCAAAGGUGGCACCACCACCACAACAGCAGCUACCGGUACAGCCGGCGUUACCUUCAACGACACCAAAGCUGAUGCCACCACCAUGACAGCAGCUGCUGCUGCUGCUGAGGGUCCUGCUCUACUCGUAACCCAGGCUUCACAGCCAAUACCGGUAGUAGCUGCUACCGGCGCCGGCACGUCCAACCCAGCUCCUGCUUCCGUGCCCAAAGCUCCCGCGUCCGCCACCACCAACCCCGCGGUGCCCUCGCGCCCGGCUGCUCGCAAGGGCUUGACUCCGGACCAGGCCGCCACUCGGAUCCAAGCCGUCUACCGCGGCCAUCGCACCCGCCAGCGUAUGCGAGGUGGACCCUCCGCUUCCUCUUCGCGUGCCGCCGCCGGAAGGGAGGUUGAGAGGCCGGUGCAGGCCGCCGCUCAGCCAUCGACCAGCGGCGUGCAGGCGGGCGAUGCCGGUUCUGUAUCCCAGAUACAAGCCGCCGUCGCGGCGACGGCGACGGCGCCGCCGCCGUCGCUUCCUGUGGAGGAGGACACAGGCCGGGCAGCUGAACCUUCCACGCCCCCGAUUUCAGCGCAGACGCUGGCGGCGAACAAUCCGGAUCAAGCUCCGGCAGCAACCGCAGCAGCACCGCUGGUGGCAGCAACACAACCAGCGGCACCACAUGAUACACCCGCAGUAGCAGCAGCAGCAGCGCUGACUGCAGCGCCGCCAUUACCCAAGGUGAUGGCGGCUGCUCCCCGGUUAGGAGAGCAAUCGCACGCACAGCAGUCGCACGCAAAGCAGUCGUACGGACAGCAAUCGUACGGAUCGGGUCACCAGCGGGCAGCGACAUGCAUCCAGGCGGCUUGGCGGGGCCGGCAGGCGCGCCGUACCGUCGAACGCGCACGACAAGAAGCAGCAGAAGCGGUCAAGCAGCCCAGCAGUUCCAAAACGGAUCCCGUCGUCGGGAUACCGAUGCCCGCGGUAGCUGGAAAAGGGGACAGCCACGUCAAUGCUGCUGCGGCUGCUGCUGGCAACGACGAUGAAGGCGCUCGAGCAGCCGCAGAGGAGAAGGAAGAAGCGGACAUCGACGAUGACGAUGAUGACGGGUUGCUGGAGAUCUCCCGUACGGCUGUCGUACGGGGCUUCAAGGAAAAACCCGGUCGUACGAACUCCUCACUCCGCGGUGGUAGUGCUGGGGGUCGCGGUGGUGGUGAAAGGCGCCAGGAGUCCGGUGGCAUUGCCGCACCAUCCUCUGCUGAUGGUGCUGCUGGGCAGUCAGGUGUUGUGGCAGCUAACAUGGCGCUCAGCUCGGGGGCAGCAGCAACAGCUGCUGCUAGCACUGCUGCUAGGGCUGCUACUGGAAGCCCCCAGCGGGUCCCCCGCUACGAGGAUGCGGAGGCGCAUGCCGGCUCAGAUGAGGAUGGAGGGUCGGAUAAGGUGGCGCAGAGCUUCGGAGGCUGGUCUGCUGCAUCCACCGCUGUGAGUGGGGGCUUGGAGUCUCUCAGCGCCGCCAUACCGCUGGAGGGACCUCCUCUGCCGCCGUCAAGACGCCCUUCCGCCGCCACAACAGCCCGGGGCGCCGCCGCCGUGGCCUUCAGCUUUGCGGGCACAGCAAGCACAGGCGAGGGUCGUGGAGGUGGCGGUGGUGGUGGCAGCAUCAACCGAGCCCUGGGACGAACCACGUCAUCCAUGCGACGUGCAGGGGGGAUUCUGCCUCAGGUGGCGGUUGAUGAGAGCGGCCGUAUCGUUGGCGAUGUGGGAGAUCUGGAUCUGCUGGAUCUUGAUUCGGAGGGAGAGGGUGAUGAGGGAGGCGGCGGAGGAGGGGUGUACGAGAGUGGGGACGAUGGGUCUUUGCCGUCGGGGUUCGUGGUGGCACAGGAGGAAGAGAGGGACGGUGGUGGCGGUGGGGGUUUUCAUGUCGUACAUCACAGCGAGGGAGGCGGCGGUUAUGAUGCUGAUGACGAUGGUGAUAGCGUGUUUUGAUGAGGCACAAACAGAACAUGCGGUUCAUAGCUUGAUUGGGCGUUGUGUGUGCCUCAUAUUUGGCUAGAGCUUUCUGUGCAUCCUGCGCUUGGCAAGGUAACCAACUUUGGGUCUUACAAGGCACGUUGCUGCCUUAAUUGUAUGAGUAUUACAUGCCACCGUGGUAUCCAGCAGCUUGGCACAGCCAAACCGCAAACUACGGCAGAAACGAAACACCGGGAUCCAGGCAGUCCAAAUUAAGUGGAGUGGUGUAAUGAAAUUAAGGGCAUGCACAGCAGUCCUCCAACUGCAGAACUGCUCCUCCGUUACCAAUCAAGUCUUAUCAC